UAUUAAUGCUAGAUGUAUGCAAUGUUUACCGAUUCCAUCUUACACGUAUGACCUUAGUAUAACCAUUUUUAACCAAUUUUUAUAACUUUAUAAGUUUAAAAUUAGAUUUGCUUUUAGAUAUAAAUGUUAUAUUGUAUGUACAUAGUAUAUAUUAUAUUUGAAUACACAAUACCAUUGAUUAUACCUAUAAUUAAUAUUAUUGAUUAUAUUAUUAUUUUUAAAUAAAAAUCGUUUAGCUUAAUAAUGAUCAAAAUUAGCUAAAAUUGUAUAAUACAAAACAUAAGAUUAUUUAUACAUUUAUUUUUACUAGGAAAUUCUAGUUUAUAUCAGAUUUUGAUAUAAUUCUGAUAAUCAAUCUUACCCAAUAAGGUUAACAACAAAUCACUAAUUAAUUAUGUACCUAUACGGUUAAAGAAAUAUUCUAAUUGCCGGCAUUAAAUAAGAUGAUUAUUGCCUAGGGGUAAACAUCAAUAUAUUUUAUAAUUAAGCUUAAUAUCUUAAAAUUAUAAUGAAUCAAAUAGCUAUAAAUAUAAUAAAAUUAUAAUAUUAUAAAUUAUAAUUAUCACACUAAUAAACAUUUGAAUGAUUUUAUUUUUAUCUGAAAUAUUAUAUUGUAAAUAAUGUUAAACAUUUUAAUAUUACGACUAGUAUCAAUAAAAGUCUUAAAUUUAAAUCAUUAAAUUGUAUUUUUUUUUCAUUACUAUUUUUACAACUUCAUUGAAUCUUGGCUUUUAUUACAAAUUAAAUUAACAACAUCUUCAUUAUAUAUUUUGAAGUAUCUAAGUCCUUUUCAACUGACAUUAAAAGAAGUCUCUAGUUUUGGCUGAGAAAGACAAUAAUAAUUUCUCCAGUGGUUAAGGAAAUAUUUAAGUUAUAAAAAAGUGGUUUCGCUCCUCACUUACGUAUACACAUACACAACUAUACAUUAAAGUUGACAUAGUUUUAUACAAAACACAUUGAUGGACGAUAUCAGGGAGUCGCGUGCAUUAUCAAUUCUUGAGAGUGGAAUGCCCAAUAAAGUAAUAUACCAUUGACGCAUUCAUAGUUAUUAACCAUCAAUUUGGAUUUUUAUUAUAUUAUCAUUCUAUAUUAUGUCACCACCUAGAAAUGCGACUAUAUUCGCCCGAAAAUAACAACGGUCAAUUUGUUUUAGGCUACCAGCCCCAUUUUUUUACGCAGCCCACAGAGAUUAUCUCGGUAGCUCGUCGGUUUACUCCAGGCCGGCUGCCGGAAUUGAAUUAGUAGCCUAAUAAUAAUUAUUAUAUUAUAAUAAUAAUACAUUCUGUGUAUUACUCGUAUAGAAAUCAGGAAGUCCGAAGUGUUGUCUAACGACCGAGUAAUAAUAUGCAUGUGAUUUUCCUUUACAAAUUAGUGUGUUUAAUAUGUGUUUAAUAUUAUAUCACACGCUGUACCUAAUGGAUGUAUUAAAUUUGUAGACAAUAACAGACAUUUAUUUUUUCAAUUAUUGGGAAUGAUCUAAUAUAAUUAUGACGUGAUUGCUUAAUAUUUCAGAUAACGUUUUAGUUUUAUUCCGUUUCUAUACAAUGUGUAGGUAUACCUUCAUAAUAUAAUAUGUACUAAACUAAAUCCAUACAUUUCACGAGGUGCAGCGUACAAUAAUUAAAAUGAUGAGAUAAGACAUUGCUAUAUAAUAAUAUCAAAGUACGCUAAAAAGAAUCGAAUUCGUACAUUGUAUCAAUGUAUCCACUAAACACGUUAGAUACAUCAUGAUGUUGCAGCACAUAUUUAUUGUUCAUUCAUUAUAUCAUAUACAAUGUCGUAUAGUACGUUUACUACACCACUUAUUUCCAGAAAUUCAUGCGUCUGGAAAAAUCAUCAAACCAUUUCAAAUGGAAUACAAUUUAAAUCAAAUGAUAUCAUAACAAAUGUCGAAAAAAAUGUCACCACGAACAAACUGUCAUGGGGAGAUCUUUUUCCUCAGAUAUUAGCAAGUGUAGUUGCUUUUUUGUUGGUCACUCAGCCCGGAAUCAAUAUGGUUUACUCGAACAUAUUUCUGAAUCACUACGAAUUUACAGAUGUUUCAGAGUUAUCUUGGUUAACUAGCAUUCUGGUAUUUUGCACGCCAAUCGGGGCGAUCACAAUCGGCGUCAUAAUGGACCGGAUCGGCAGGAAGAACGCGUUUUUACUCACGUCCGUGCCGCUCUUGAUAUCCUGGUCGAUCGCUUCGGUUGCUCGGCCCGAAAACAUGCGUCUGAUUUACGCUUGCCGAUUUUUCGCAGGCAUCGGCGGAGGCAUGACGUCCAUGGUCGUUGUUUACGUCUCGGAAAUAGCUCAUGCUUCACACAGACAAGUUUUGUUGUCGUUGAACAGCGUGUUCUUUUCAGUAGGCGUACUGUUCGCCACCACCGUCGGAUCGCUGUUCCAGUGGCAGACAGUCAACGUGAUAUUUUUCAUAUUCACGGCCGUCACGACGGUGCUCCUGGUCAUUUUCCUGCCGGAGAGUCCGGUCUGGCUGGCCAAGUUCCGGUCCGACCGUACCUACGACGCAAGGACUUCAUUAAGAAGAAUAUACCCGACAAAUGAUCAAGUGUUUAUGGAGGAACUGGAUCGUCUGUACCGCGACUCGACGACCACCGCGGAUAGCUUGGAGGUACAUCAGCCGCUACACUGCAUCGGCUGCGAACAAGCGACUAAACGGCGAAGGUUGAAGCAGGGCUGCUGGUGGCGUACGCCUCAGCCGCAGACUGUGACCCGGCCCGUGCGCGUGCUGGCUACGGUGUUCCUUCUGCAGCAGCUGAGCGGUUGUUACCCGGUUAUAUUCUACGCAGUGCCUGUCAUGCGGUCGGUGGCUGGUACCACCGCCCUCGGUGGACCUUACUCAGACAUGGAAGCGAUGGUGGCGCUGGGCGCUGUCCGCCUGUUGACCAGCGUGGUGGCGUGCGCGCUGUCCUUGCACGUCGGGCGCCGUCCGCUACUGAUCGCGUCGUCGUUGGCCAUGUCGUUCUCGGCCGCACUGGUGGCGCUGACCUACGGCCCAACAGCGGCGCCACUGUGGCCGCUUAUAGGGGUCGCGGUGUUUGCGUGCAGCGGCUCGGCCGGCGUGCUCGUGUUUCCGUGGACGCUGGUCGGCGAACUGUUGCCCGUUUCAGUUCGGGCUGCGGCCGGCGCUUCGCUCGUGGCGUACGCAUACACGCUCAUGUUUGUCGUGCUCAAAGCGUUCCCGUACGCGGUGGCCGACGACGGCAGUGGUUCCGUGGCCACGACAUUCGCCGCCUUCGCUGCCGGAUCGCUGGCCAUGGCCGUGUACGUGCACGCCCGCCUGCCCGAGACUAUGGGCAAGCGGUUCGACGAGAUCGAAGCGCAUUUCGCCGAUGACAAACAUAAUGCGGCGGCCGCUACUCGCAACGCCCGCUGCAAGACGAGCUAUUUGAUGACGCCGCCGUGAUCUUGGCAUAUAAUUAUCUACGUCGCCGCGUCGCGUCGUAAAUGUUGAUAAUCGUUACAUAACUGCAGUUACUAUGUGUAUAAUAUUAUAUAUUAUAAUGGACGGUGCGCAAAGUUAAACGAUGGGAAUAUUUUAUUGUGUUGUGGUUUGGGCGUUUGACCGAGUAUUACGCAGCUUUGUGGAAAAAACAUUUUCCGAGUAUCUGUUCAGGUUUUUGUCUUAUAGAAAUAUUUUGUUUUGGUAAUUUUUCUCAUCUCAAAUUAUAUAUGUCUGUGAAAACUGAAUUUACAGUCAUUUUCAGACAGUUGAAAGUUAUGAUUUUAUUAUUAUAAUAUAGUGACAUAUUGACAUUGACAUAAUAUUCCCUCUUAAUUGCGGCACCGUCCGUUUUAUGCACCCGACCAUACGUUGGAACCGUGUCAUAAGUAUUAUGAGUAUAAUUAUUAUCGUACCUAUUCAUCGUUUAAGGGUGCAGUGAGGCACGAGUCGAUGCGGGGUUCGCUUCCGCACCGUCACAGAAGGGUCGAUAAUACUCGAUGUUACCCAUAAUAGUACUACGGUGUAUAAACUAUAAAAUAUAAUAUUAUAUAUAUUUUUUUUUUAUUAAUUAACCCGCGGCAACUUAGGCUAUUGGGUGGUUUUUACUAUGGGGUAGGGUACUUACAGUUUAAGCACGUGUGUUUUUGGUUUUUGGCAGAUUUUUUAGUGGACACCCGUAGGUAUCUACCAUGCCCGGGUGGGGGAUGGCGGCACUUCUCACCGGACACCGUGACUUGCCCGAAGAAAAAUGCCGCCCGCGGCCGUCAUUGAACCGGCGCCGGCGUGCGUUGGAACCGACGCCUUAAUCCGCUCAGUCACUCCGUCCCCUAAUAUUAUAUUAUCGUUAUGAAAUUUGACGUGCAUUUUUUUAUCUGUUUAUAUUCGUCGUUCGUGUGUUUUUCCUUUGUAUUUUUAAUGUAUUAUUUUUUUAUUAUGACUUUAGUAUGACUUUCAAAUCUUUAUAAUAAUAUGUAAAUCAAAAACUUAAAUAAAAACAAAGUUUAUCGCAUGGUUUUUACGGCAGACGCCGGAAAAUAAUACGAUGUUACAUUGUGUAAAUGUAAAUAC